AUGACCACUACCACCACCUUCAAGGACGUCGACCCCAACAGCAGGAAUAGCUCCCAGGUUUUGCAGCUGCCAGGUGGUGGAUCCAAUUUUUCACUGGGUUUUGAUGAACCAACAGAACAAACUGUGAGAAAGAACAAAAUGAUCUCUAAUAUCUUUGGGACAUCUGAAGAAAAUCCACCUUCUUGGGCCACGUUGGCAGGUGCCAAGUCUAGAGGUGGUGGGGAAGACUUGGAGUCAUCUGGACUGCAGGGCACGAACUCUUCUGAAGCGAACUCUGGAUUCUUAGAUCUGAAGGGAGAAGAUGACAUUCAUGAAAAUGUGGACACAGCCUUGCAAGGCAGCCUGGGGCAGAGGGAAGAGAAGCUUGCGCCGGCCAUACCUGUGCUGAGCCCAGUAGUCCCGGCCUCAGCGCCAUCCAGAGGAAAUCCCCCUGGUGGCAAGUCCAGCCUUGGCCUGGGUUAACUCUGCUCUGACCAUCCUGAACUUUGUUGUUUUGUUUGUUUCCUCCAUGCUU